AUGAAAAAAGAGGUCGAUCCAGAUCUGGGAUUAUCCAGUGACGUGGCAUUUGAUCGUCUGAUUCAUGAGGCCAAAUCUUCAAUCGCCGAAUGGUAUAGUGUUCAUGUUGUCAACAAACUCAAACCGGAUGCUCAUCUACCCAAUAAGGUCAGCACAUUCUCCCAUUACUUUUGCUCUCGAACAUUUCUGUUCAUUAGAAUUUCGCUGAUUUUUCUAAUCAUUGGCUCCGUCGAUAUAGAAAACCGCAUCACCUUCUCAUCUGCUGCCGUCUAUGCUCUCCUUCUCCUUUACACAAUUCUUCUCGAAGUUUGGCAAAAUCGGAUCCGGUCCACAGCGUUUCAACAAAAGUAUCGAAAAGCGUUUGAGGCGAUUUUGGAAUUAGAAAAAUCGAAACCCAAGGAUUUUCGAUAUCCGCAAAAGUCUUUGGAAGCUGUGACAGAAGACAUUUCAGUUUGUCAGGCGUGCUUUCGGGAUGGUUUCAUUGUCGAGGUGCCACGGAUUCUCUUGGUUAUUGGAGAUGUGAUUGUUUUGAGACCCGGACAGGUUGCUCCAUGUAACUGUGAAACUUUCGACGGACGAGUUUUGGCAGAAGGAGAUCGAAUCAAAUGGGAUAUCAAAACUGAUAAACGAUCUGGAUUCAUUCAUCCAUUGGAGCCAGUUUAUGCUCGUGUCACCUGCUACCCAAUCAAAAACCAUCUGGAAAGUGCUCUCUCCGCAGAAGACACUCCAUUACAAUUCGAUUAUCAACUACAAUUUAUGAUUCAUAAGGUCUUCGAGCACUACGUCAUCCCAAUCGCUCUAGUACUUUCCAUUCUUGGAACCAUCGUUAGAUUUUGCUACUCGGAUGACGAGACACUUUUUGGAACUAGGUUCGUCUUCGCUGUUCCUAGUCUUACAGUACUUCCACUUCUCAUUCUUCAACUUCCUUUACUUUUACAUUUUGUGAAAUUUAUGAAUAACAGAGAGGUGGCUAGAUAUUUGGGAUUAUCAAAGGAUUUCGAGUCGUGUAAAGAUCUGAUCAGCAUAUUCUCGAGUAUCACUGGAACCAGUUUUAUCGAUAAAAAAGGGAUCCUCUCUUGUGUUCAUCCAUCUAUGGAGAAGGUGGUGUUUGCCACGAAUCAAGCUGACGAAUCCGGCUGCUUGGGAAUCCAUCUGGAAGUGAUGAAUCUGUCUUCUGAUCAAGAGCCAGUGAUAAGUCCCAAAGGAUUUGCAAUCAACAGAUGGAAUCUAUCAAUGGACGAUCCAAAUUGGCAGAGAUAUCUUCCGAACUUACUUCCAUUGGCAUACAAUUUGCUCCUGAAUUCUUGCCAACAAUCGGAUCCGUUCAGAAGAUUUUUGGAUCAUUUGGCGGUGGUCGCCACGAAGGUCCCCAGAACAAUUGCCACUGCCAACCGACGAUGCAUGUGUCAACUUCCCUACCUGCUAGGAUUCACUCCAAAAAGUUUGGAGAAGUUCCAAGGACCUCCGAAAAUAUUGGGAUUCUACAAAAAGCAACCAGGAGAAGCCCCUCUACCAGGCCUUACCAAACAUCGAACCCCAAUUGAAAUGGCGUUUUGUACGAUUCACGACGAUGCGAAAACCCUUCACAGUCAUUUGGCCUGCCAGGGAACUGCUAAUAUUGUUGUGGAUGCCUGCACUCACAUCUGGAAUGGAUGUGAUGUGAUUCCAAUGUCAAAACGAUUAAAGUCUUCAGUGAAGGAUUUCUAUUUGAGACAUUCAAUGACCGGACACUGUUUGGCCGUUUCGUACCGCCCGUGUUUUCCAAAGUUGGCGAGUUCAUUGGACGGAAAGUUUGUGGAAGUUCCCUUGAACCAUGAGCCUCCGAAAAUUGAGACAACGCUCCCGAGGAGUCAAAGCAAUGAAUCAUUGGACGAAGCGGACUACACAAAAACGAUUCGAACGGCCGAGAUGGCCAUCGAUCAAUACUUCACUGGACAAAUCCUCUGUGGAUUGGUUGUUCUUCACUAUGAACCACUUCCAGACGCUGUGACAGUUAUAGAAAAACUCGAUCAGAUUUGUGUGCGCCCCGUUUACUUUUCGAAGGAAAACGAACUUCGAAGCAGGGUCUUCGCGGAAAAGUUAGGAAUUGAAGCCGGGUGGAAUUGCCAUAUUUCGUUGGCUGAGGAUGAUACGGUGGUACCGGCAAAAAAGACGGAUGUUGCACAUGAACAGUUUGUGAAGCAGAAGCCAGCAAAGCCCAAGUUUUGGAAGAGAGUCGCGUUGAGCGAGUCCAACCUAGAUGCGCUUGACUGUGAAUCGCUGGUUCGUGGAUCCCCAUCACUCCGUAAAAUGAGCAUGCUAUCUGCUAAAAUGGCGCCGAUCCCAAAUAUCGCUCGUCUUCCGACAGGCAUACAAAAUGUACGACCUCAUUUGGAAGAGGUUGAUAAUGUUCCAUUGUUAGUUGGACUCUUUACGGACUCGAGGACUCCAGCAGUAGAAGAGAUGGUUCAGAUUAUGCAGGAGAAUGGAGAAGUAGUGAUGGUAGUGGGAAGCUGUAGAAAUCCAAGCAACACAAUGCUCUAUUCAAAAGCCAACAUCUCUGUAUGCGUGGAUGAUGUGGAAGAAGCGGCUUGUCGACUUCUGGAGAAAGACGGAGACGUGGUGGAUGAGAGGAGUAAUGUGAUGCACUUCUCAAGUGAGCUGAUCGCAUUGGCAACUGAUUUUCGUAUGGAUCAUUCGAAGCUGCUCAAACUGUCUUCCCUAAUCGUCUGCGCCCGCCAUCGAAUGUCCUCUUUCCGACACUCCCUUCUCUUCAUUCUAUACGGUUCCCUUCUCUACUCCAUCACUCUUCUCAUGUCUACAUUCUUCUUUCUUCCCAUCAUUUUCACACAUUCUCAAACGAUUCUCACUAGUUUCAUUCACAUUCCCAUUCUGUUUUUGGGAUCGUUGUUCACGAAUUUUGAGCCGAAAUCCAAGAUUAUAAGGAUCGCGCCGAAGAACUCAUCUGAAAUUCCACGCGCCGAAAAACGAAAAGCUGUGACCCAAUUCAUUUGUCAAUUCAUUCCAUCGGCCAUCUACAUCAACCUACUCUUUCUCUUCCUCCUAAUGACGAAUUCCAACCUGAUGUGUUCAUUUUCUGAUAUUUCUUGCAUUUUCAACACGGAUGGCUCCGCUGGAUCUCAACCGAUUUCGAUGGAUUUCAAUGAAACAAGUAUCAUGAGACAGGAUAGUCUUUCAACAGAGACCAUUAGACAUAUUAUGGGAUUGCAGGUAGGAGAGAAGGCAAGUGCGCUCUAUCGAAAUGGUUUAUUUCAGCUAACCGUAAUUUACUGUUUUCUAUCGUCUAGUUUCGUGUUUGGACUGUCAUCUCUCUGGUACGAGUUUCCGAUCAAAUGUCUUCUUUGGGAUGGUGCAGUGGUGAUUUGUAUGGUUACCCAGAUCGGCUACUCCUUGCUACGAGGCAUUCAACUCUCGAAUCUAUUCUCCCUACUUCCCCUAUCCAUCCUUGCUAUUUGGAUUUGCAUAGUUUCGAUUAUCAAUGAGCUCAUCAAAAUUCGACGAAUCGGACAAUUCACUAGGGAGCAGCGGAGGACCAAGUUCGAAUUCGACACCAAACUGGGCAUGAAUUCACCCUAUUAG